AGGACAACCAAUAUCUUCUCCCCGUGUCGAUACAUUCUUCAACCUAGGAACAACGAUUUUUAGAUCAUAAUACACAAGCCAUCAUGACUUCGAGCAGCAGCAAGGCUGAGAAAGAUGAUCUUGCUUCUCUCUUGAGUCGGGCAGUUGAAGACGUCUGGAGUCAAGCUGGCCGCGUUGGUCCUGAUGUCACAACAGCUCGCAAUAUUGCUAUGACCACCUUCGCAGGCGGCGUUGUCGAUGAUCGUAAGUACAUUAUCGAAAACGUUGUUCAAGUAGCAGCAUCUCUGCCCAAUGACUCUCAACUCCGAAACGAUCUAAGUGGACAAUUCAUCAAAACACUCUGGAAUGGCUUGAAGCACCCACCGAUUUCAUAUCUGGGUGAUGAAUUCAGAUAUCGUGCAGCCGACGGCUCGAAUAAUAACAUCAUGUAUCCAAACCUUGGAGCUGCAGGCAGCCAUUACGCGAGGAGUGUAGUGCCCCAGCGCAUGAAACCUGCGAUUUUGCCUGACCCCUCACUAAUAUUCGACACCAUCUUGGUUCGUAAUGGACCAGCUAGGGAGCAUCCUAGCAAAAUAUCAAGCAUGCUGUUCUAUUUCGCGACGAUAAUCAUCCAUGAUAUAUUCCACACGGACGAGCAAGACUACACCCGCCUUAAGAGCUCUUCAUAUCUCGAUCUUGGCCCACUCUACGGCCAUAACGAGGACCAGCAAAAGCUCGUCCGAACUUACAAAGAUGGUACACUAAAGAAAGACACUUUCGCGGAAUCUAGGCUCUUAGGGCAACCACCCGGAGUGUGUGCGCUCAUGAUUGCAUUCAAUCGUUUCCACAACUAUGUUGUUGGGGAGAUGGCGAUCAUUAAUGAGGGUAAUCGCUUUAGCAUUCCGAAGGGAGUAACGCCACAAGAUCCCGGGUACGAAGCAGCACAGUUGAAGCGUGAUAAUGACUUGUUUCAAACCGGUAGACUCGUAACCUGUGGUCUCUAUGUCAAUAUAAUUCUCAAUGACUAUCUGCGAACGAUAUUGAACUUGAACCAAAACACCAUUGACUCAAACUGGAAGCUAGACCCACGCAAGAACUUUGACAAUGUCUUCGAUACUUCGGGUAUCCCGAGUGGUAUCGGAAAUCAAAUCAGCGCUGAGUUCAAUAUGAUAUACCGCUGGCAUGCAGCUACAAGCAACCAUGAUGAAGCUUGGGUAAAAGACUUCAUGCGAGUUGUGUUUGGACCUGACGUUGACCCCAGUAAGUUGACAUUACCUCAAUUCCUUGGGGGUCUUGCGAAAUGGGCGCAGGGUCUUCCAACAGAUCCGGCGCAAUGGGAAUUUGGCGGUCUGAAACGACAGUCGGAUGGCUCUUUCCAAGCCGGAGAUCUCGUUGACCUCCUUCGAGUUGCAACGGAAAAUGUUGCUGGUGCCUUUGGAGCACGUAAUAUACCAGCCGUGAUGAAGGCUAUUGAGAUUCUGGGGAUUGAGACAGGACGCAAAUGGAAUAUUGCAACACUGAAUGAGGUUCGAUUGUUCUUCAAACUGAAGCCACAUGCAACGUUCCUUGAGGUAAACUCAGAUCCCGCGGUCGCAGAGGCUUUGCAAUCAUUGUAUGAAACUCCCGAUGAUAUCGAAUUGUAUCCUGGUCUCCAAGCCGAAGAGGCAAAGCAACCGUUCCUGCCUGGGUCCGGCCUGUGCCCUGGGUUCACAAUUGCUACCGCCAUCCUCGCCGACGCCGUCGCUCUGGUGAGGGGAGACCGUUUCUACGCGGUUGACUACAGCCCCGCGAAUCUUACGAACUUUGGUUUCAAUGCUGCCGAAUCCUCCUUCGAUGUUGCCAAUGGCGGAGUUAUAUACAAGGUUUUGAUGCGUGCGUUCCCUGGCUGGCAUCGUGCGAAUUCGGUGUAUGCCCUAUUCCCAUUCUCGACGCCAGACAAGAACCGAGAGAUUUUUACAAAGCAGGGCCUUGCCGACAAAUACAAUUAUAACCCACCUUCAUUCAUCGGACCACCUAUUCCGGUGAUUACAUGGCAAGGCGUCGUCGAUGUCCUCAGUGAUCAGACGAAGUUCAAAGUCCCUUGGGGAAAUCACACCUUCCAGCUAACACACCACGACUACAUGCUGAGUGGUGACUCGGUCGCUAAUGCCAAGCAAAGAGAGUUCGUCAAUGCUUGUCUGUUCAAACCUCAGAAUGCUCUGGACGAAGUCCGAAAGUUCUACGACGCUAUCACGUUAAGUCUCAUCCGGCGUUACAGUCGCAAGAUUGGCAAAUCGUAUCAAGUUGAUAUUGUGAGAGACAUUGGCAAUCUGGCUCACGCCAACUUUGCUGGCCAUUUCUUCCGCAUUCCGCUUAAGGAUUUCGGCGGUGGAGAAAAUUCAUUCACUGACAAAGAGCUCUACAACGCUCUAGCCCAGAUCUUCGCCUAUGUAUUCUUGGACUUGGAUACAGCCACUUCGUUCCAACAUAGCGUAAAUGCUGCAAAAGCGACGAAGAAACUAGGGGAUGCCACGGUGACUUCCGUAACUGCUGUCAAAACCGAGCACUUCUCUAGCUUCAGACACAUGAUGGGUAUCACCCCUAGCGAGACAAUUCUCAAAGAUUAUGGUACUCGUCUUGUCGACAGACUGUUCGAAGGAGGGAAGAGUAUUGAUGAGGUUGUGUGGACAAUUAUUCCCACUGCGGCAGCUGCGGCUGCCACGCAGGCUCAAGGAUGGGCUCAACUGAUCGACCUUUACUUGUCUGACGACUACAUCUCGCAUUGGCCUGAAAUCCAAAAGCUUGCCAACUCAGACUCUCCUGAGGACUUCGAGAAAUUGAAGAAAUACGCUCUUGAAGGCCUUCGACUCGCCACUCCUGCUUUCGGCGUCCUUCGGGUUGUCGACGUCCCCAAGACAACUAUCGAAGAUGGAUCACGCGUUGUCCCGGUCAAAGAAGGCGACACCAUCUUCACCGACUUUGUAAGCGCAGGCACUGACUCCGCAAAAUUUCCCGAUCCUCUGAAAGUCAAACUCGAUCGACCAGACGAGUAUUACAUUCAUCACGGCUGGGGUCCGCACUCUUGUCUUGGACGACCCAUCGUCACGACGGCGGCGGCUAGUAUGUUAAGAGUCUUUGCAAGAUUGGGGAACUUGAGAAGAGCCCCAGGAGCUGCUGGCGAGAUGAAGAAUAAGAUUGUUGGAGGCGCUUUCAAGGUUUUCCUCCUGCCGGAUGGAAGCGAUUGGGGAUCGUUCCCUUGUACCAAGAAAGUGCUUUUCGAUGAUUUUCCGAGUGUUUGAGCUGGAUAUGAAGGUCAUAAUUAAGAUUUUGUCCUCAUUGUUUCGGUUUUGUUCAACAUUCGUUCAGUUGUUAGUUGGUCUUGAAUAUCCAGAUACUCCUUCCUUAUUAUCAAAAUGCCGCUCAAAUUGAAAUCGUUUAUCAAAGCC